AUGAAUUCUCUCAAGGUUCCCGACGGCGGGUGGAUGCUGGCAGGCUCCGCCGACCAGGACUCUUCGCUGCUACCACAAGCAUUCGUCGUCAACCUGUCUGAUCAUGUUGUGGAGCAGAUGAUCAGGAGUGCCCGUACGGGGGAUGACCUUGAAUUGGAGUUGGGAAAACGACCGAUGUUACACUACGGACCUAAUACGCACCGAAUACCGGCCCCCGAGGAGGAAGUUCCUUUUGACCUCUACCUGACCAAGCCUUUUGAGUCGACUCGUCGUGCUGAGCGAUUGCCACAUGCGGGAUCCGUCUUUAGGAAGCCAAAGUCACCUCGUGUCUCUGAAAAGCAGGCUGUGUCGAGCACGAAAGAAACGGACGUCGGCAAGAAACCUUUGUCUAGUAAAGGCUCAGCGUCUUCUGGGCUUGAUUCAGAUAUUGAAGCCCUGCAAAAUAGGCUGGCAGCCCAUGAUGCCGCCCGCGACCGCGCUCGCGUUGUCGAAAAGCUGCCUACGGGCAAGGGUGCUGCCAAGGCCAAGUCCAAGGUCAAGCCCUUGGCCAAUUAUACAUCUACCCCAAAAUCAAUAACAACUUCACCAGCGCUAAAUGCCACCCGCUCGCCGAACCUCACUCCGCAAGUGUCAGCCUCCCAGCAAGUCAUGGAACGAAAAAGAGAGCAAAGAGUCACACUGGUUCACGAAUUGGCGGUAAUGGAUCGAACGACCGACUAUUUAAAGAAUAAGUGGACUGGCAAGGAAGAAGAUUUCCGGCCAACGUUGGAAAAGAUGGCUGAUUUGAACGACUCUAAAAAAUGGACUAUGAAAAAGUCAUGCUGGAAGGAGCUCGAUGUUUGGAAGUACGAUUACGAUUCCCAAGACGACCGUCAAACAGCAAUUGACAACGCCGUUCGACAAUAUGACAAGCAGCGACUAUCAUCUUCUGAAGUAGAGUGGCAACGAUUAUUGCCCAAGGAAGAACGAGGGAAGGGGAAGUGCUUGAGUCGCUUGCAAGCCAACCUUGCAAAGGGCCCCGCUCAACCAGCACCAAAGAUUAAAGUUGACGGUUCUGGCCCAAAGGAUGACACGGACGGUGCUGAGAAUGAUAAGCCCAAGAAUGGAGGCGAAAGCAUGUCUCGUUCAAACUCGACUUCGUCGCGAACCAAGUCAAACAAGCCCUCGGCUCAGGAGGCCCAGACUAAGAGGCUAUUGGGAAAUUCGAAAUCUACGGCAGCCGCACCAAAGCCAUCUCCUACCAAGGCCAAACCAGCACGCAAGACUGAGAAGCGUGAGCUUUCCGCAGCCAUCAUUGAGAACUCCGACUCGUCUGGGGAUGAGCCACCAAUAAUGAAACCAAAGCCUGUCCCAGCUAAAGCAAAUAAAGCCAAGGACACAGUCAUUGUGAACACCAGACCAUCGGCACCGGCAAGGGAACCUGUCAAGAAGCCACCUGUGAAGCGACCGAGGGAAGAAUCCGACUCGAGCUCCAGCUCCGGCACGCCACUGUCAAAGCGGAUUAAGCCAAAGCAACCGUUGCCUGCCCCCGGCUCUAGGCCGCUUGCCACAAAGAGCAGCCAGCAAUCGCAAGCCCGUGCUGCAUCGACCUCGUUCCGAAGCAAAAACACGAACAAUACGUCUCCAACAAAGUCGUCACCGCUUGCUUCGUCUCCACCCACCAAUGCAUCAGACUUGGAUGAGGAGCUACCGAUGCCCAAGAAGCGAAAGGCAGAUAAAGAGGACAAGCCCAUGUCGGUGAAGCGCCGGGCUGUGCCUUCGGAUGUCUUGAACAAAGCACACAAGUUCAAGACAUACUAUCAGCAAUAUGAGACGUUGCACUACGAGAUUACGGCGCUGGACAACCCACCCCACGAGAAGCUUGCUAGCCUGCUAGAUUUGCGAGACCGACUGCAAAACAUGAAGCGGGAGAUUUACAAGCAGUACUCUCCAGAUCGAGAGUGA